GUAAAGACUUUCAUCUUCAUUUGCAAAAAAAAAAAAAAUGAUGCUCCGCUGCAAGGGGAAGGCUGAUGAUCAUGAGUACAAAAAAGUUACUCUGGUUCUCAAUGUAGAAGUGUGUGAUUACCAUCACUCUUUGGAGAAAACUAGUCUAUGUGUUGGAAACCUUCAUGGGUUGGAGAAGAUUGAAUCUUUAAAGAUAGAGAGAGAUGGGUUCAUAUAUGAGAUAACAAUUGUGGGUAAAGUUGAUCCCUUGAAGAUUUUGGAGGAGAUGAAGAAUAAACUUGGAAGCACAGUGAAUCUCGUUUCUGUAGUUGAUGAGGAGGACACGCCUAUAAAUACCCAGUUCAGAUUGAAUCUGGCUUGCAACAGAAGUGUCAAGACAGUUCUUAACGUUGUGAGCAAAAGCAAAGGUAAAUUAUCAUUUAAUCCCCCGAGUAGAGAAUGUAUAAUUACAGUCAACAAUUGGUUUAUACUAUGUUUAAUAAGAUUUGAAUUUUCAGAAAAUCAAUACCCUGUAUUUUUUACUAUUGGUUCUGAUGUCUGAAUUGAACAUUAUAAAAAAAGAUUACAACUUUUCAAUUCUUGAUUCCAAGCAUAUUAUAUACCUAGUAGCUUAGCUGUAAAGAAAGAUUUCAACUUUUACAUCUUUUUGAAGGAUUUCAAGGGAUAAACAUAGAGAGGACGAAGAAUUUGGUGACUGUGAAAGGGGAAAAUGUGGAAACAGAGAAGCUGAGGCUGACUCUGCAGAAGAAACUGAACAGUGCCGUGGAGGUUAUUGUGCCGCCGCCGAAUCAAGAAGCUAAGAAGGUUUUCGCCGCCGUGCCUCAGCCUCACUGGGCGGAGUGCGGUGGCCCCAGUCAUGAUGAUCAGGAGGUCUGUGGGAUCAUGUGAUUAUGGUUCCAGAUCAAAGGUCAAAGUUGCAGUUCAUAUACUUCGAUUUUAGUAAAGAUAGAACAGCCACUACAUACCAAGUAUACUCCUUUAGGACCUUUAGGUGUGUUUAUAUGAAAUAUAAAAGAAAAAUGAAGAUAUAAUUAAAGAAAAUAUCCAGCCAGAAUCUCUUUAGAGAGGCCGGCUUGAAACGCUUAUACAGUCUACUAAUCCUUCACAUGAAUUAACUUAGGGUACGAGUUUAAGAAUGACUAACCUUAUGUUAACAUUAAAAUAGUGUGUAGUAAGUGUACUAUUUUUUUUUUAAUUCAAAGGCACUUGCCCACUUGGAUCCUAUAUGAUCAAAUAGGAGGUCAUCUUAAUGAGAAAAUUUUGUUUCUAAA